GAGCCUUCAGGGGCGGAGGCGGCGGCGGCGGCUGAGGUAGAGGAGAGAGCCCGAGCGGGGAGCCAGGCUAGGCAUCGAGCGGACGGCCAAAGGCCCGGCUGGGUGGCUGGAGCCGGUGCUGGCUGCGCUGCGCUGCGCUGCUCUCCCCUCCGCUCCGACGGCCUCUCCCAUGCACUGAGGGCGCCCGGCUGGGCCGGGCCGGCGGCCGGAGGGGAGGCUCCUCUCCAUGGUCCAGAAGAGCAGCAUGUCCCGGGGCCCUUACCCACCCUCCCAGGAGAUUCCCAUGGAGGUCUUCGAUCCCAGCCCACAGGGCAAAUACAGCAAGAGGAAAGGACGGUUCAAACGGUCUGAUGGGAGUACUUCCUCAGAUACAACAUCCAACAGCUUUGUCCGCCAGGGCUCAGCAGAGUCCUACACCAGCCGCCCAUCAGACUCUGACGUGUCUCUGGAAGAGGACCGGGAAGCUUUGAGGAAGGAGGCAGAGCGCCAGGCAUUAGCUCAGCUUGAGAAAGCCAAGACCAAGCCAGUGGCAUUUGCUGUGAGAACAAAUGUCGGCUACAAUCCAUCUCCAGGGGAUGAGGUACCUGUGCAGGGAGUGGCCAUCACCUUUGAGCCUAAGGACUUCUUACACAUCAAGGAGAAAUACAAUAAUGACUGGUGGAUCGGGCGGCUGGUGAAGGAAGGCUGCGAGGUUGGAUUCAUCCCCAGCCCUGUCAAACUGGACAGCCUGCGCCUGCUUCAGGAACAGAAGCUUCGCCAGAACCGGCUCAGCUCCAGCAAAUCAGGUGACAACUCCAGUUCCAGUCUGGGAGACGUGGUGACUGGCACCCGCCGCCCCACACCCCCUGCCAGUGCCAAACAGAAGCAGAAGUCGACAGAGCAUGUGCCCCCUUAUGACGUGGUGCCUUCCAUGAGGCCCAUCAUCCUGGUGGGACCGUCGCUCAAGGGCUAUGAGGUUACAGACAUGAUGCAGAAAGCUUUAUUUGACUUCUUGAAGCAUCGAUUUGAUGGCAGGAUCUCUAUCACACGGGUGACGGCUGACAUUUCCCUAGCUAAGCGCUCCGUUCUCAACAACCCCAGCAAGCACAUCAUCAUUGAGCGUUCCAACACACGCUCCAGCCUGGCUGAGGUGCAGAGUGAGAUCGAGCGGAUCUUCGAGCUGGCCAGGACUCUUCAGUUGGUGGCUCUGGAUGCUGACACUAUCAACCACCCGGCCCAGCUCUCCAAGACCUCGCUGGCCCCCAUCAUUGUUUACAUCAAGAUCACCUCUCCCAAGGUACUUCAGAGGCUCAUCAAAUCCCGAGGGAAGUCUCAGUCCAAACACCUCAAUGUCCAAAUAGCAGCCUCGGAGAAGCUGGCACAGUGUCCCCCUGAAAUGUUUGACAUCAUCCUGGACGAGAACCAAUUGGAGGAUGCCUGCGAACACCUGGCCGAGUAUUUGGAAGCGUAUUGGAAGGCCACACACCCGCCCAGCAGCACACCACCCAAUCCGCUGCUGAACCGCACCAUGGCUACCGCAGCCCUGGCUGCCAGCCCUGCCCCCGUCUCCAACCUCCAGGGACCCUACCUUGCUUCCGGGGACCAGCCACUGGAACGGGCCACCGGGGAGCACGCCAGCGUGCACGAGUACCCGGGGGAGCUGGGCCAGCCCCCGGGCCUUUACCCCAGCAGCCACCCACCAGGCCGGGCAGGCACCCUGCGGGCACUGUCCCGCCAAGACACGUUUGAUGCCGACACCCCCGGCAGCCGAAACUCUGCCUACACGGAGCUGGGAGACUCGUGUGUGGACAUGGAGACUGACCCCUCAGAGGGGCCAGGGCCUGGAGACCCUGCAGGGGGCGGCACCCCACCAGCCCGGCAGGGUUCCUGGGAGGAUGAGGAAGAAGAGUAUGAAGAGGAGCUCACUGACAACAGGAACCGGGGCCGGAAUAAGGCCCGCUACUGUGCAGAGGGCGGGGGUCCGGUUCUGGGGCGCAACAAGAAUGAGCUGGAGGGCUGGGGGCGAGGCGUCUACAUCCGCUGAGAGGACAGGGGCCACAGUGAGAGGAAGGGCUCUGAGCCCAGGGGAGGGGAGGGACAAAGGGGCUCAUCACCUGAGACGUGUCCGGCCUCCGGGGGGCGCUGUCUCCCUCCAUUCAGAUGCCUUGGCUCAAUGUUUGGGGUUUCUUUGGUGGUAUCAUCCCAGUUCCCGAGAGGCCCUUGAGCCCCAGCUGUAGGCUUAUCCCUACCUGCUGUAGAUGGAUGGGGGAUACCCACCUUUCUGAAGUGUCCCCUUUCCCCCAUCUUAGGGGGCUCUUCUCCCAGAGAAAAGGUGCACUUCCUUAACUUUCUACUCCGGGUUCAAAGUGAAGGUCCUAAAUGGGGCGACCCUUCUUUUUCCAUAACUGGGGUAUUUGGAGAGUUGGGCAUUUUUCUUGGAGAGGGAGGACACAGAAUCUUCCCCCUGGGGCUCUCUUCCCCAAACCCCAGAUCCAGGGUCCCUCACCAUGCCCACCCGCCUGCCCACUUCCUGGCAGCAUUGUCUGGUAGGUGAAAGGUAUAGCUUGAAAACCUGAAGGGAGCUCACCUUGAGGAGAGGGGUCUGAGUGGAAACUGACAGGCAUCAGCUGCCCUCUUGUCCCUGGCAAUGCUGGGGCCUGGAGUCCUAGAACCCUGAGGAGUGGGUGACCCGACCUGCUGCUACCCACCCCCACCUCCAUGCCUCAGCUCUCACCUACCCCAGGAAUGAGCUUUGCCUACAACAUCCCCUGCCUGCUGCCAUCAGAAGAAGGGGGCCCUCUGCAUCUGAGCCCCCCAACUCCAUGCCAUUGGGUGUGGAGACCAUGGAACACUGGUCCACCUCAUUCUAAACCAAAAAAACUGCUCCUUCACCUUCAUCCUGAGGCCCCAGGAGAGAGGCCCUGCGGGUUGGUGUCCAAGAAGUGACCACCAUCCUGGGGUUGCCUGGUUACCUGGGGACCUCAGAUCUUCCCCGGGGGGCUUGGCUGCUGCUGCUUCUCUAUAUUUGCCUCUUGUGAUCCUGUCCUUCAUUGGUGUCCAUUUCCCCCAGGAGAGGCCUUGGUAGCCCCUGGGGUACCCUCUGCCUCAGCAUCCUCCACAGCCUAGCAGCCCUGCCCCUCCCCAGCAUCCCAGCUGGGCCAGAGAGAGCCGAUUGUGCCAACGAGGACUGGGCCCUGCCCGGCUGCCCACCUCAGGGAUGGGCACCUCAGGCCUGUCUCGCCACCUCCUGUGCCAAUGUUGUCGUGCCCCCACCUGGGGGUGGGGUGCAGCUUCCACUUACUGGUUAGAAGACACCACUGCCCAAUCUUUCCCUCUCCCUGUCUGGUGUCCUGUGCCCCAUCUGUCUGUCUACUUGUCUGUACUCUUCUAGGAGAAGUAUUUUGCCACAUAAAAAACCGCCGUCCAGUCCUUUGCGGCCACCUUC